AUGGUGUUCGAUAUACUAUAUCGCAUCUACUACGGAUUCAUUAAUCCACCCGCAGCGAAGAAAAAUAAUGACGCCAUUCGCUUCGGACUGCUCGGUGCAUCCAACAUCGCGCCAAUUUCCCUAAUCGCCCCUGCAACUUCCCACCCAGAUGUAAUAGUCGCAGCGAUCGCAGCACGAGACCGGACUCGAGCAGAGAAAUUCGCAAAGAAGCAUAAUAUCCCAAUAGUACAUUCGACCUACGAAGAUGCAAUCUACAUCGCCCUUCCAGACAGCAAACACUACGAAUACGCCCUUCGCUGCCUCUCGGCAAAAAAGCACGUUCUCUUAGAAAAACCCUCCUGUUCGAAUUCCCGCGAAGCAAAAUCUCUAUUCACACAUCCACUCGCCACAGCCUCGACCGCUCCAGUCUUGCUAGAAGCUUUCCACUACCGCUUCCAUCCAGCCUGGCAAACAUUCCUGAAUGUUAUUCAUAACGCGGCUGAGGUGGGUCCUAUCAAGUUUGCUUCUGCGGAACAGUAUUUUCCUAAAUAUGCGUUUGGGAAAGACGAUAUUCGUUGGCAGUUUGGACUCUCCGGGGGUUGUAUGAUGGAUUUUGGGACUUACCCUAUGAAUAUUCUUAGGCAGGUUUUGAGAGAGGAGCCUGGGGAUGAGUUGAAGGCUGAGGCGAGGAGGGUAGGAUUGGAUGUUGACGGGAAGGAAGAGGUCGAUGAGGCUAUGAUGGCGAGGUAUGUUACUAAGGGUGGGGCGGUGGGGAGGAUGGUUGCUGAUCUGAGGUAUGCGAGUUGGGCUUUUCUUCCUGGGCUUGCAUGGCCGAAGUGUGAGGUUGAGUGUGGGGAGAAGGAGGUCGAGACUGGGGAAGUGGAGAGGUGUUUUGUGAAGAGGAAGGUUGUGUUUUGGAAUCAUCUUAUGCCGAGUAUUUAUCAUCGGAUUGAUGUUGAGGAUACUUAUUCUAUUCGAGUGGGAGAGGAGGUUUUAAAGACGUGGAAGGAUGAGCGGUACUUGAAGGCUUAUACGUGGCCUAGUGGUGAUAAAGGAGGGCCUGAUAAGGUUGGAAAAGAGUGGUGGUCAUCAUAUUUUUAUCAACUUGAGGAGUUCGUGAAUAGGGUCAAGGGACGUGAGGGAUCGGGGGUCUGGGUGGAUGGGGAGGAUAGUAUCAAGCAGAUGGAGGCUAUUGACCUGGUGUAUAAAAAGGCCGGGAUGCAACCGAGGCCUUCUAGUGGGUUUCAACUAUAG